AUGGGGUCUGCGGCAAGUGCAAGGAAGAUUCCGCCAGCCGAUAAAUUUGAAACAGUAGAACCAGUCCCAGAUUCUGCAGGAACAGCAACAGAAAGCAACAACAAAACAGAUGGGUCUCCUGGAAAACCACAAUCGACUGAUUCAACCGACCCUGCAGAAAGUGAAACUGUUCAAACUGACGGAGGUACCCUUGGAGGAAAUUCCGAUGGCUCUCUGGGACCUACGGAUACCAUUUCAGAUGCUCUGCUUGUUGAUUUUGCAGAUGUAAAGUUGAGGCGACAGGAUCACAAGAUACGCGACAAGAUCAAACAGCGCCUCGUUCCUGUUAAAGAGAGUAUCCAAUACAUUCGAGAGUGCAAUGAAUUUUCCUGUACCUUAUGCAACAAACAUAUGAGGGAUAUCAAUUUAUUUUCUCGUGACUCUAAAAUAGGCCUCACAGCAGCAGCGGACGCAAUGGGGAUUGACACAAACCAUUGCAAAAUGUUUAACUAUACAUGGACAAAAGGAACAAAGUUAAAGGAGAUUGAAGAUGCGCAACCAAGUGAAGAGCUUCCAUCCGAAAUAAAAGAGAUUUUUACCUUUUACAUGGAACUCCUAGGCUCGACCUGGAAUUUCACCGACAAGUCUGAUUUCUUUUGCUUGCAACUUGAGGAAGAUAGAUGUCUCUCCGUCAUUGUCGACUGGCUUUUACACCUAGGUGAGAAGGGGUGUUCGAUGAACAAAUGGGUUGAAGAUAUGGUCUUCGAUGCAAUGAACAUUUUGGAAAACGCAUGUAGGAGACUACCACCGUUGGCACCUAGGCAUCACCGCGCGGUUCCUGCCAUUCAGAAGCUUUGUGAAUCAACGGACAGUCUGACGCAGACAGUUGCGUUUAUGACUUUAGCAAGGCUAGUGAAGAAAGAAGAAGCAGACAAGCUGUCCACGAAUUAUGAAUGCAUCGUAUCGCUGCUGUCUCUCUUGGAGAAGUGCCUGUCGGAUCCAAAACACCACACGAAGGUCACACGGCGGACAUCAAAGAAGCGUUCUACUGUGAUAUGUCUGGCUGCAAUCGAGCUGCUCCAGGCUGUAGAGGAACUGGCUAUCAACGACAACAACAAGCAACUCAUUGUAGCCAAAGGGGGAAUUCCAAUUCUUGGGAAAUUACUCGAACCAAAGUGUUCGAAGGAGGAGAAGACAUCUGCAGCCAACACAAUCUGGAGACUUGCAUUUCUGAAGGAAAAUAAAGAGAAACUCCGCAAAGAACAGUCUAUUAUUUACAAUGUGACUGAGAACUCCCAAAGUGAGCACGAAAAUCUCCGUACAGCCUGCAUGGGAGCUCUCUUCGAAAUUUACGAAUCCAGACUUCCCGAAGGCCUAAAGAACAGGAAAACGGCUAACGAGUCACCGCAGAGGGCGCCAGUGGACACUGCAAAGUCAACUGGACACAUCAUGCUCAGUUACAAAUGGGAACACCCGUCCAAACCUGUGAUGAGAGAGUUCAAGAAGGAGCUUCGAAAAAGAGGGUACACCGUAUGGAUGGAUGAGGACCAUAUGAUGGGUGAUAAAAUCGGUGCCAUGUCCGAAGCGGUAGAGAAUGCGGACAUGGUGAUAGCCUGCAUUACACGUGGCUACCAAGACAGCCAAGACUGCAGAACAGAAGCGUCCUACGCAUAUGAAUGCAAGAAGAAGAUCAUUCCGGUAAAGGUGAUGGACGACUUCAAAGCUUCUGGCUGGCUAGGGGGUAUUACGGCCGGAAAGAUAUACUACAUCGUGCAAAAACCCGAGCUCGUCUCGAGGGUACUACCUAGCAUUAUAGAAAAAGAGUUUACACCGCAGAGAGAUAUUGUUCAGAAUACAAAAGAUGUUACGCCAGGUCUUCCACCGCCAGAACAGGAACUGAAGCCACCUCAAUCUGUUUCUCAAGUACCUGGAUGGGACGCCAAGAGGGUCCAGGAUUGGCUAGCAGCGAACAACGUCACGACACGAAACAAGGCACUGAAAGCGUUCAAUGGAGUCCAGUUGUUACAGCUUAAAAAACAACUGUCUACAGCGCCCCAAACUUUCUACCAGAGUAUGAAAGAUGAUCUCAAGGUUCCAUACCCCGAUGUCCUUUCACUUGCAGCUGCACUGGAGCAUCUUGAUUAGUCACGUGGUAUUUGCCGUGAAGGGUCACCUGAUAAGAGCAUGGCGGAUCGCGUCUUAUUUCAAUAAUAACCUAGCGAACCCAAGCAAAUAUGGGAAUAAUUUAAUAAUAGGGUUAAUUUAGUCAGAAUAUGCCUCUCGAAUAUUCAUAGACACACGAAAUGUAAGGAUAUACGAAACGAUGACGUCAGUUGCCAUGAUGUCAUGGCGGCCUUGUUGUAAACAAAUGAACCCGCCGAAAAAAAGCGUGUGUUUCUCAUAGUAGAAAAUGGCUUCUAUCGGAAUUUGAUCACUUGCAUCCUAUUUUUCAGACGGGCCAAUGUGUAUAGACGACCGUCAGCUGCGACUGUUUAGAACCAGCCCACC